AAGGCCCAAGGUCGCAGAAGUGCUGGGGGUAGGAGCAGCACUGGGUAUGGCCCAGUGGCUCCUGCCCUCACAAUGAAUGGCAGAUCUUCCAUGAGCAAGGAGGCAGCCAUGACUGCAUGGAGUUUCGUCGAAACAUUCCAGAAGCACCCAUUCGACGGGGAUGAGGACGCUUCCUCACCGGUUAAAACAGUGACCUUCAAGCAACUCCUGCAGACCUUGAGGACAUUUGAUCCUGACAUCACCCACCAGCAGAUCGAAUGGGUGCUUGGGAAGGAAGAUUCGACAGGAAGCACCGCGGUCACCUUUGACGAAGUGUGGGCAAACCUCGAGGAUGGAGACCUCGAGAGACUUGACAUUGAUCCGUUGGAGCAGUCCUUUGCACGCUUGGCUGAUGAAAGGCAAGAGUACUUGGACCUGAAGAAGAUCGGGACAGCCUUGCACACUUCCGGCAUCCACGGUGUGACAGAUGAUAUCAUGGGAAAGUGUACUAGGAGGAUACGAGAACUCGCUCAUGAAAAUGUCAGGGAUGCCCGGGGCAAAAAGAAAGACGACAUUGACUUCCGUGACUACAGGAGAUUAUUCGCAAUGACAGAAGGCGUUCAGGAAACCCGUCUCUGAGGUCUCUGAUUGUGACCGCCACAAGUGGGUCCAAAGUGUUUCACGGCCCUGCAGGUCUCACAGCCCUUCAAAAUAGGCAGAGCGAGUGCUUCGUCAAGCCUAAAAGAUGCAAAAACUCU